GCAUGUACUACAGAUUGUGUGACACUUAUAAAAAGUUGUAAAACUAUCGGUUAAUUCAUUUCAAUAAUAAUUUUCUGCAAUCGUUUUCUAAUUAAUUAAUUUUUCAGAUCCAUUAGAGGCGAGCGAUGAGUCUAAUUAGCAAACGUGUGCUCUUUCGACAGUUGUUUGACAGAAUAUCGUGCACUUAUACCUAUCUGUUGGCCGAUAAGGCCACUAAAGAGGCCAUACUUAUUGAUCCGGUGCUCGAGUGUGUGGACAGGGAUUUGCAAUUAGUUAAAGAGAUUGGUUUAAAUUUGAAAUACGUGGCCAACACUCACUGUCACGCCGAUCACGUGACCGGAUCCGGACUCAUAAAGACAAGACUCAACACCAAUCCAUCGCAACCCACUGUCAAGAGUAUUAUCUCCGAAAUAAGUGGAGCCAAAGCUGACAUCAAAGUGGAUGAGAAUGAUGUGAUCACUUGCGGCGAAUCCAUCAAAUUGAAAGUGUUAUCCACUCCUGGCCAUACAAAUGGUUGUGUCACUUAUGUGGACACCGAUAACGGUUUGGUAUUCACUGGCGAUGCGCUACUAAUCAGAGGGUGUGGUCGUACAGACUUUCAACAGGGCGAUUCGGGCUUAUUAUGGGAUUCAAUACAUCAAAAGAUUUUCACAUUACCCGACAAUUUCAAUGUAUUUCCCGCUCAUGACUAUAAAGGACAAUUACUGUCGACAAUAACCGAAGAGAAACGCUUUAAUCCGAGACUAACGAAAUCAAAGGAGGAGUUCAUUGAGAUAAUGGCUAAUCUAAACCUGGAUUUGCCUAAAAUGAUUGAUAUCGCUGUCCCUAAUAAUAUGGUUUGCGGUCUUCACUGAUGAUGGCGUUUGGAUGUGAUAAUAAUUUAUAUUUACAUCAUGAUGCUUUUAGAUUUUUAGUUAAUCCUAUUACUAUAAUCAAUUAAUUAAAUAUUUCAAAUUAUUGUUAUUGGUAUGAAAAUGUUGAAACUUUGAAACUAUUAUUUUUCCAAACUUUGUUAUGUUUAUCGAUAUUUAUUUAAGAUUUUUGUAUUAAACUAAGAAAUUGUAACAAUUACUACAGUAUUGUAAUAAUGAGACAAUGGAUUACGAAUUUUGUUUGAAUUCUGAGACCAUUUAAAAGAAUAGAAAGUUUUAAUAAAUAAAAGCAAAUUUAAAUCAUA